CAAACGCACACUCUCUCUCCUCCACUACUUAACUUGGUUCAGUAGAGAAAGAAGGGGGGAAAUUGCGGUAUAUUUUCCACCUACAUCAAGACUCCGGCGUCUUCAUCUCUCAAUCCCUAGCUCCAUCUGAUGUUGAACAAUCUUGGCUCGAUUUUACCUUCCAAGAAUGGCGAAAAGUUGGCUUGUUGAUGGUAGAAGUAUUGCAAGGAAAGUAAAAACUUCUGGUCUUCCUUUAGUCCAUCAAAUCAAAGACUGUGGAGCAAACAGGGAAUGCCCACAAUGCCAUUACAAGAUUGAUAACAGCAAUGUGUCAGUUGAGUGGCCUGGGUUUCCUCUUGGUGUUAAAUUUGAACCCACUGAUGUUGAGCUUCUAGAACAUCUUGCAGCCAAAUGUGGCUUAGGAAACAAAAAGCCACACCAAUUUAUUGAUGAAUUCAUCCCCACAAUCGAUGUAGAUGAAGGAAUAUGCUGCAAACACCCAGAAAAUCUUCCUGGUGCUACAAAAGAUGGAAACUCUGUUCAUUUCUUUUAUAGGAACACAAAUGCAUAUACAACAGGUCAAAGAAAACGUCGCAAGAUUAGCAAAGAAUCUGGUUUAACGAAUGAUGUUCGUUGGCAUAAAACUGGCAAGACAAAAGCUGUUAUACAAAAUGGGGUUCAAAUUGGAUGCAAGAAGAUUAUGGUUCUUUAUGGGACAGCUGGCGGGGGUUCAAAGCCUUAUAAAUUGAACUGGGUCAUGCAUCAAUACCAUUUAGGAACUGUUGAAGAUGAAAAAGAGGGGGAGUAUGUUGUUUCCAAGAUAUUUUAUCAGCCACAAAAACAGGAAAACCAUGAAGAUUCAGAUGCUUGGAUGAGUUUAACAAGUCCAAGAACUCCUAAUACUGGUGCCCCUGAUCCACCUAGGGCUGGAAAGUCUGUUGCUUGUGAUGAUGUCACCACUGGUUAUGUUCUUGAAUCACCACCACAACCACCAUUACCACCACAGGAAUCAGAGUUGUGUGAUGAGCAGAAAUACCUUCCUUCAUGUUCUAAUGCUGAAGGUAAGGAGAAUCUGGAGUUACCCAUUUGGGAAGAUGAUUCACAAGCGGUUGAUUUAGAUGAUUUAGAUGAUUUUGGUGACUCGUUGUUUUGUAAAGAGAAUCUUGACAUUCAUGCCCUUCAAUCUUGCUCUAAUGUUGAUACAAAUGUGGGUGCAAGUUCUGGGGUUGGUGAUCUUGAGAAUCUUGACCUGGGUACUCCGCCAGAUUUCAACCUUGCUGAUUUACAGUUUUCAUCACAAGACAGCAUUUUUGGCUGGUUAGAGCGGUUAUAGGGGAUGGAAAUGAAGUGGGUUGUUGAGGAAUCCCAAAAUGAAAGUGAUAUUUAUGUUACUAUUUUGGUUGUUUUGUAAAAAUCCUGAAAAAAUGAAGUUAUGAUGCUGUGGAGCUCUUUUUUUGAAUUAGCUUUGUUUGUCAUUUGAUGCUGGUAAACAAAGCUUGAUGAUAAGUUUUGCGAGACUUCUGUUUUGCCAUUUGUUGUCCGUGGCUUCUAAGCUCAUAAUAUGUAUUUGUAUUGUAGAG